CCUGCGUGGCUGGACCUUGAGUCGUGCCCAGCCUGCGCUGCCCCCACCCGGCCCCGCCCCCCUCCCCGGAAGGGCCUGGCUUUUCCCGAUCCUGUCCCCUCAUUCCUGGUCUCCUCCAGGUCUGACCGAUUCCCCGGGCCUCCUUGCCGCUCCAAGCUUCUAAAACGGAGGGAUUUCCUACAAUUCUACUCAGUCACUUUGGACGUAUUCUGCCUCUUCGCUUCCUAACAGCCUGCUUCCUAACAGCCCGCCUUCCAAACCGGGACUCCCUUCCCUCUCCUAAGAGUCUUCCCUCCAACCCACUUCAGACCUUGUUCUCCCCCUGGGUUAGGCAUUCACAUCCCCUCCAAAUUAACCCCCGCCAACUCUCCAAAUACUUGACACCGCCUUCACUGAGGAGCCAGCCUUGAUUUUGUACUGAACACCACAGCCCUAUCAUGGAGGCUAUGCUCCCCGUGGUAAACUGGACGGGCCAAGUGCUGGACUGGAUGGGCCCAGUGCUGGAAUGGUUGACUUUCGUGUUGGACCUCAACUUCCUGCUUGUGUCCUUCCUCCUGACAAACUUGGCCUGGCUUUUGGGCUUCAUCUACAACCUGCCAUACACGGUCCUGACUUAUUUUCUCCACUUUGGGCGAGUCCUGCUCUCGUUGCUGGCCUUGGUUGAAGCACUGGUCGAAUUUACCUUUGUGGGUUUGCAGCCCAUGUGUGCUUUUCUCUACAGCUGCUACUCCAGCUUGGAGAGCUUGAAGCUACUAGGGCACCUGGCUUCUCAUGCAGCACUGAGGAGCCGAGAAAUACUCAACAGGGGCAUCCUGAGCGUGGUCUCCAAUGGCCAUGCUUGGCUGCACCAGGCCUGUGACAUCUGUGGCAUUGCCAUGAGCCUGGUGGCCUAUGUGAUCAACAGUCUGGUCAACAUCUGCCUCAUCGGCACUCAGAACCUCUUCUCCCUGGUGCUGGCCCUGUGGGCUGCCGUGGCAGGGCCUCUGUGGCGGAUGACAGACGUGCUGGCUGCUUUCCUUGCUCACCUUUCUAGCAGUGCGGUGGCCAUGGCCAACCUCCUCUGGACCCCCUGCCAGCUAGGGCUAGAGCUGUUGGUCUCAGUGGUCCUCCUGGCCGGCUCUAUGCUUUCCAACCUUACUAUUUUCGUGUUGCUGGUUUGUGUGCUGGCAGUGACUUUGACUGUGUUAUACUCAGACUUUACCUUGAGGCUGGCCGCCCGAGCACUCAAUCAGCUCCAUGUCCGACUAUCCUACCACCGGCUCCGAGAGGAUGUUGUUCGGCUCUCUCGCCUGGCACUGGGUCUGGAGGUCUGGCGCCAAGUCUGGAGACUAAGCUUGCAGCUGGCCAGCUGGCCGAAUCGGGGAGAAGUGCCGGGGGCCCCCCAAGGUAGUGCCAGGAGGGUGUCUUCAGCCAGAAUCCAGGGACAGGACAAUCUUCGUGAAGGAGAAGAGGCUAUCAGGACCAACAGGACGGCACCCGCUAGAGGCCGAGAGAGACUCAAUGAGGAUGAACCGACAGCAUGGCAAGACCCUUGGAGACUGCUGGAGGAGCACGAGGAGAGGAAGAGAUGUGUCAUCUGCCAGGACCAGAGCAAGACCGUACUGCUUCUGCCCUGUCGGCACUUGUGCCUGUGCCAGGCCUGCACCGAGAUCCUCAUGCACCAACCUAUCUACUUCCGUAACUGCCCACUCUGCCGCCGCCGCAUUCUGCAAACCCUCAAUGUCUACCUCUGAUGACUCCCUCCGUGCCCGCCCACCCUCUGCCCUCCACAUACUGAGACCGCAUCAGCAUUUUGUCUCUGGGUUUUGGCUAAACCGGAAUUUGCUACCAUUUACCCUGAGUUUCAGGGUGAACUUCAGGAGGAAUAUCCAGAUUUCUGCUCAUUCCCUCACACCUCACAUGGCACUGAACAAGGCAUCCUCCUGGUCUCUCUGUGGCAUUCUGCAUUUCCCUAGGGUUCAAACAAGGGGCUAGGCCUUGGGGCAUGCAGCACCAUUAGGUCUGCCUGCCCAGUUUCUAUGA